AUGCCGCGCGGCUUGCGCUCAUUGCAGCGACCACUGGAGCUUGGUGGCUUACGGCAGCCCCAGCCGCGGCGACGGUUGGAGUUUCAUUUCCGUCGCCUUUCCAGCAUGGCUCUGGGGAAGCAAAAGCCGCGGCUCAUCUACCUCGAUGCGAAGAUGUUGGCAGAGCCUAUCAGACUUGCGUUGUUUGUAGGCGAUGUAGAUUUCGAAGACAAGCGAGUGACUCACCAGGAGGUGCAAGAGCUGAACCUUAAGGGGCAGCUGCCAUUCGGCCAAGUCCCAGUGCUGGAGUUGGAUGGGCAGGUGUUUGCUCAGACGGAAGCCUUGCUGCGCUGGGCCGGGAGAGAGGCCAAGCUGUAUCCAGAGGAGCCCGAGCUCCAGCUGCGCUGCGACGCCGUUGAGGCCUCACGAGCACAUCCGGGCACAUGCCUCAGCAUCAUCAAGGCCCGAAUCACUCGAGAGGAGUGUGCCCUGUGGAGGACCCAUCAGUGGCACCCAGGCCAGAGAAAGGAUGGAGACCCGCAGAAGCGAACUACGAGGGUCACCAUCGCAGAAACGGUGGCUGCUGAAAUUGCAUCGGAUGGUGUGCCCGAAGCUCCACGCAGCUCGCUGCCAGUUCAUCCGAGUGGAAUCUGGGACACCGCUAGCAACCACGAGCUGGUUGAAGUCCUGACGGCACAGCACACAGAGGUCAUUUCCAGGCUCACAGCUCAAGAAGAGAUUCUGCGCCGUGUGCUGAUGCCAGAUGCACACGGCAAGGAGGCGGGGCUGGUGUCUGGCGACAACGAGCAGAUGGUGGGCUCAGCGAGUCUUUGCCCCCAUCCCUCUGUGUCAAAGCAGACGAUGCGAAGCACGAGAAGUACGCAGAGAAGCUCCCGACACGCAAGCCGGGAUUCCGAAGUGAAGCCCAGACCUUCUACCUCACCGACGUCACCGACCUUCUUCCGCACGUUUUCGCAAAUCGACAACUCACUACGCUACGCUGCAUCGGCUAUUGCCGCUUCGCGGGAUCGACGUCGCUUUGCUUCUCUUCGAUGGCGGGCGGAUUCAUCCGAGGAUGUAGGCCCCAAUUGCAUCGAGAGAAUCGUCGAGGCAGUGAGCUUCGACUGCUUCUUUGCGGUUCUGGUUCUGCUGAACUGCGUAUUCAUCGGCAUUGAAGUGCAACACGCCAUAGACCAGCCGGAUUCCACACCGGUUGAAUUCUACGUUGUUCAGUACAGCCUGGCUUUCAUGUUUACAUUGGAGCUUUCCAUGCGCCUGUGUGCAUAUGGCUGUCGAGAAUUCUUUUGUGGAGAAGACUGGCUUUGGUCGUUGCUGGAUACCUUCAUUGUACUGAGCUCAAUCUGGGAUAUUGCACUGGAUCUGAUAUUUCUGUGGGAUGCCUCCAGCACGGCUACCGACAACCCUGACAAUCCGGUCUCAAGCUUAAGAGCCCUGCGGAUCUUGCGGCUGGCCCGGAUUGUGAAGGCAGUCCGGUUGAUGCGUGUCUUCCGCUUCGUCAGAGCGCUACGGACCUUGAUCAGCUCCAUAUUCCAUACACUGAAAUCCUUGUUCUGGGCAUUGAUGCUUAUGGUCCUGAUCGUCUAUGUAUUCGGUGUACUCUUUAGCCAGGCAGUAAACAGCUACCUGUUGGACCCAGAGAAUCCUGACUUGCCGGACUUGGCUUUCGAGGCCGCUCAAAGGCAUUACGACUCGCUUUGGGGCACCAUGGUCAGCCUUUUCAUGUGCAUCUCCGGUGGGACGAACUGGGAGAAUGUGCUUGCCCCACUGAGGGCGAUCUCACAAUUGUGGGAGCUUCUCUUCCUCUUUUAUGUGGCUUUUACAUAUUUUGCUGUCCCUUGGCUGGCCAGCAGAAGCUUUUGUCUUUUCUUGUUUUCACUGUUGCAUCCAUGCACAUUCAAUUCAGAAUGUAGGGUGCAAAGAUGUCUUUACCAACAGACUAUAGUGUUGUUUUCUCCCACCUGCCUGCAGCAACCAUGA